CCAUGUCAAUAUUCGGAAAUGUAAAAGGAUUGAUGUAUUAUGUGUCAAAUGAAGAAGAUCCAUACAUUACUUUCAAUGAUGAGUUUCUGAAUGUAUUUAAAUGGGAUGAUGAAUCUGAUGACGAUCGAAUUUUAGCCACAGACAGUUUUUUAGUAGCAGCAAAGACUGAAGACGAGAUUUCACAAUUGGAAAUAUAUGUCUAUGAAGAAUCUCAGGAUAAUCUCUAUGUACAUCAUGACAUUGUUGCAGUAGGGACAUUUGAACCUGAAAUCGAGAUUUGGGAUUUGGACGUCUCGGAUUCAAUGUAUCCUGAUGCAAUAUUAGGUAGUCCAAAUAAAGAACAUAAGAAAAAGAAG